UCCUCGUGAUGACAGCAAAUGACAGUACAGUUCGCUCCUGCAGCACCCAGUGAGAGACGGCCAACCGCAGACAAACAAUUUCUCGAGCUUGAUAAAUCUCAUGAUCCGCUGUGUUUGGUAGUACUGUGACACAUCAACACAUACCCUUUAAGUUCGUACAUUAAUUCCUUGCCUCAAAGCCUGUGAGAGCUGGUAAAGAUGGUGAAGCCAGACAUUCAUACUCUGGCCCACCACUUGAAGCAGGAGCGGCUUUAUGUGGCAUCAGAGAAGCAGCUGAUCCAGAGACUCAAUAGCGAUGUCCUAAAGACAGCCGAGAGGCUAUACCGGGCCGCCUGGAUUGCCAAGCAACAGCGGAUCAAUCUCGAUCGGCUCAUUCUCACCAGUGUGGAAGCCUCACCAGCUGAAUGCUGCCAACAUGCCAAAAUGCUGGAGGACACGCAGUUUGUUGAUGGUUACAAGACUCUCAGCUUCCACGAGACCAUCUAUGGUGAAUUCCUGGCCCGGUUGAGGGAGAACCCCAGACUGGUGGCAUCAUGCCUAGUGGCAGGGGAAAGGCUGAACCAGGAGCACACCCAAGGGGUCAUCCAAACCGUCUUCACUUCACUUUAUGGCAACUGUAUCAUGCAGGAAGAUGAGAGCUACUUGCUACAGGUGUUGCGGUACCUGGUAGAGUUUGAGCUAAAGGAGAGUGACAACCCACGGCGGCUACUGCGACGAGGCACAUGUGCCUUCAGCAUCCUGUUCAAGCUCUUCUCCGAGGGCCUGUACUCAGCCAAGCUCUUCCUAACAGCCACCCUCCACGAACCUAUUAUGCAAUUGUUGGUGGAAGAUGAGGACCACCUGGAGACAGACCCAUGCAAAGUGACUGAGCGCCUGACUCGAGUCCAGCAGGAGCGCUUUGGAGAGAAGGGCUCUGAGGGCUACAAACAAAGAGUCCAGGCAGCUGUUGAGACCAAUGAAGCAAAGUUAGUUGCUCUGGUCAACAAGUUUAUUGGGUAUUUGAAGCAGAACACCUAUUGCUUCCCCCAUAGCCUGCGAUGGAUUGUGUCGCAGAUGUACAAGACGUUGUCAUGCGUGGAAGGUCUAGAAGUGGGAGAGGUGCGUACCAUGUGUACUGACCUACUGCUGACCUGCUUCAUUUGUCCGGCAAUUGUUAAUCCGGAACAGUAUGGUAUCAUCUCAGAUGCCCCCAUUAAUGAAGUGGCUCGCUUCAAUUUAAUGCAAGUCGGCCAGCUUUUGCAGCAGCUGGCGAUGGCGGAUGACGAUGCAGACCCUAGACGAAAAAGUUGUUUGUCCAAAUUUGAUAAAAGUUGUGUUGCUGCUUUUCUGGAUGUCGUGAUUGGUGGAAGAGCAGUUGAAACACCACCGAUGUCGUCAAUGAACCUUCUCGAAGGCCUAAGCAGGACUGCGGUUUAUGUUACACAUCAACAGCUGAUAGCAUUGGUGGAUUUUGUGCGUAGGGUAAUGGCUGGAGACCACCUUAGGGAGGAGGAGCACAUGGCCCUGGAAACCCUGUUGGCCAAUGUGCCCCAGUCGCAAACUGGGAAGAACAACAGUCUGGAACUUACCCCUUCCAACACCCCUCAGCUCUCCCCUGCUAGCACUCCUGCUAAUAAGAAGAACAGACUCCCCAUAGGACAACAUUUAGCUGCUAUAGCAUCUUGGGACCCUACAACCACCUCCCUCUCUGCUCAUAUUCCAUUAGUAACCCCUUUUGCUGCUCGAAGCCGUAGCCGUACCAAUUUAGCCCAGGAGGGGGAAGCAGAGACUAGCUCCCAGGAGUCGUUGCAGGAGCUAAUGCCAGAAGAGGUGCUUGUAAUAUCAUUUGGAAAUGGUCCUCAGACUGUCCCUGGAAUGAUGUCAGAGAAUGAGGUUUUGAACUUGCAAAUGGCUGAUGCUGCCCAAGGCGACAGCCAUGCAGACGACACAAAGCUGCAUGGCAAACCAGACAAAACGCUGCGCUUUUCACUCUGCAGUGACAACUUGGAAGGCAUCUCUGAGGGUCCAUCUAAUCGUUCUAAUUCAGUGUCAUCUCUUGACCUCGAGGGAGAGUCUGUUUCUGAACUGGGUGCUGGACCCUCAGGAAGUAAUGGGGUGGAGGCUCUCCAGCUUUUGGAGCAUGAACAAGCCACCACUCAAGACAACUUGGAUGAUAAACUGCGCAAGUUUGAAAUCAGAGACAUGAUGGGCCUAACAGAGGAUCGGGACAUUUCUGAGACUGUUAGUGAGACCUGGAGCACUGACGUGCUCGGCAGUGACUUUGACCCCAACAUGGAUGAAGAUCGGCUGCAGGAAAUAGCAGGGGCAGCUGCAGAGAACAUGCUCGGCAGCCUGCUGUGCCUCCCAGGAUCAGGCUCAGUGCUGCUGGACCCCUACGGCUCCACAAUCUCAGAGACCACAAGCGAGGCAUGGAGUGUGGAGGUCCUGCCAAGUGAUUCAGAAGCCCCAGAUUCGAAACAGGAGGAACGGCUGCAGGAGCUCGAGAGCUGCUCAGGGGUUGGUAGCACCUCAGAUGAUACAGAAGUCCGGGAGGUCAGUUCGAGACCAAGCACUCCUGGCCUGAGUGUUGUCUCAGGUAUCAGUGCAACCUCUGAGGACAUUCCCAACAAGAUAGAGGAUUUGCGCUCAGAGUGCAGCUCAGACUUUGGCGGAAAGGACUCUAUAACCAGUCCAGAUGGGGAAGAGUCAGGCCACGGAUCGCAGCAUCUGACUUCGCCAGCCUCACAAGCUGAUUCUCUAUUGGUCAUGUUCGACCCGCUCUCCUGUGCAGAAGGUUCCACCACUGGGACAAUAGUGAGGCCCAAGGUGCAGUAUGCCAGGCCUGCUCACCCACCCCCUGAUCCCCCCAUCCCCGAAGCCAGCGCCGUCGGGCAGGAGACACGCCACUCUUUCGUCAUGCCCCACAGCUUGGCUCAGGCUGAGUUUGAGAACAAGCAGCGCCACUCCUUCCCUGACCGACUGGUUCGGAGUCGCAGCUCUGACAUUGUUUGCCCGGGCCGUCGACCUACGAGUGACCCUGGGCUGAAUCGUCGUGUGGCAGUUGAAGAGCGUGACUCGGCGGGGGCCUUUGCUGCAGCGCCAUCCAUGUCGCCCAGCAAGGACUCUUUGAAAGGAGAGGCUGAGGACAGAAAAGACAGUGAUGAUGAGAAGUCUGAUCGCAACAGGCCAUGGUGGAAGAAGCGUUUUGUGUCAGCCAUCCCGAAAGUGCUGUAUUGGACGGCUGAGAGUGACGUCCCAGCUCCUAUAGCUGCAUUUCGGAAACGAGACAAGCACGAGAAGGAUGAUAUUGCUCCGGAGCGAAUCCCGCAAGAAGAACCUUUGCCCAGACAAAGCACCCAAGUCCAAGCAGCGGAAGACAUCCUGGACAAGUACCGAAACAUAAAGAGGACCAGCCCAAGUGAUGGAGCCACAGCAGGAGCGGCUUAUGAGGGUGCUGGAGAUAUUUGUGCUGAAGAAAGUGUUCAUGACUCUCCAAGAGAAGAUCCUAUGCAGAACAUUUCUACUGAUGACCUCCCAGAUUCAGCCAGUCAGACAGCUCAGCAGCAUGGUUCAAAGUUUUCUUUUAGUGAUGCCAAGAAAAAGUUGCGGAUGGCAUUGUGUUCUGCAGACUCAGUGGCUCUGCCUAUUCUGACCUCGGCUACCACUAGAAAUGGUUUGCCUGACCACAUGGACCCUGAAGACAAUGAGAUCGUGUGCUUCCUAAAGGUCCAGUUAGCAGAGGCCAUCAACCUCCAGGACAAGAACCAGAUGGCCCAGAUCCAGGAGACUUCGCGUUGCGUCACCCGUUUCGACCCCCGUACCUGUAGGAAGCUGCUUGCUGCCAUUGCAGAGGAUUACAGAAAGCGAGCUCCAUACAUAGCCUAUUUAACGAGAUGCCGGCAGGGCCUGCAGACCUCACAGGCCCAUCUGGAGAGGCUCCUCCAGAGAGUUCUGAGAGACAAGGAGGUAGCCAACCGCUAUUUUACCACUGUAUGUGUUCGUCUCCUUCUGGAGCACAUGGAGUCCAGGAUGCUUGACUUCAUCAAGGCAUUCCAAGUGUGCACAGCAGCAGAUGACAAGACUGCAGCGGUGGAGGAUUUUCUGCGCUACUUGUACGGCGCCAUGGCCCGUGAUGCCAUUUGGCAGUAUGCGAGCGAGGACCAGCUGCAGGAUGCCCAGAUGGCCAUCGAGCGCAGCGUCAUGAACCGCAUCUUCAAGCUGGCCUUUUACCCCAACCAGGAUGGAGACAUUCUCAGAGAUCAGCUUUUCCAUGAACAUAUUCAACGGCUGUCUAAAGUUGUUACUGCUAAUCAUAAAGCACUUCAAAUUCCAGAGGUUUACUUGAAGGAGGCUCCCUGGCCCUCUGCGCAGUCUGAGAUCAAGACCAUCAAUGCCUACAAGACACCCAGAGACAAAGUCCAGUGUAUACUGCGCAUGUGUUCCACUAUCAUGAACCUCCUCAGUCUGGCUAACGAAGACUCUGUCCCCGGAGCUGAUGACUUUGUUCCUGUGCUUGUCUUUGUCCUCAUCAGGGCAAACCCGCCUUGCCUGCUGUCCACCGUUCAGUACAUCAAUAAUUUCUACGCCAGCCGGCUGAGUGGGGAGGAGUGCUAUUGGUGGAUGCAGUUCACUGCGGCGGUGGAAUUCAUUAAGACCAUCGACGAUCGCAAGUGAAGCAGAACAGCCACCUGUAUGGGCAGACUGUGGGGGAAGGAGCCGGGAGACUGGGAACCUUCCCAUACCAACUGCUCCCUCUGCACAGCUUUUGAAAGCUGGCCCUCAGCCUGCUCGUUGUGUGUAUAGCUUGUACAUAGCCACAGACGCUCAAAGAUUACAGAAUAUAUAUUACUGUGCCGAUGUGGACAAAUCCAGGUUUUAGCCGUGGUGGGAAAACGGCUACGGGGGAAGAUUUGCAGCGUGUUAACUUUAAACGUCAGUUGGGUUUUGAUUUUUAUCUUUUUGUCUCUCGACUCAUGUUUCACUUUUUGGGUGUACGUAUUGGGACUUUUAUAUGUAAGCAGUUAAACAAAUUCAACAUAAGUGAUAAAACUCUUCAGACCUAAAUGAUAAACUUAUUUAAAGGGACCAGAAUUAGUGUGUGUGCUCGUCUCAUUUUAUUGCCCUUGAGAGUGAGAGGAAUGUAGUUUCAAUUAUGUUCUAUUAAAUCCUAUAUUAUAAGCACUGUAACAGGCAAUGAGAUUCAGUGAAUUCCAUUAACCUACUACUCUCUCCUGUUAAUGGAACAAAUUGUAUGGCAGCUUAUUUAAGGUCACUCUGAAACCAAAAGUUGUGUCGAUUGAUCAUUUGGACACAAGGGCCCACAUAGUUAUCCUACAGUUCCAUGUAAUGCUUCAACUCACUGUUCGAAACAUACAUAUCAUGCCUAUUUGUGAGGCAAAGAAGCUGCCCAAGAAAAAAAUGUCAGAGGUUCCAGAGUGGUUAUGACUUGGGAAUUCUGGGUGAUGAGGAUUUACAGGGUCGGCUUGUGCACACCUGGUAGUGGUGACGUUAAAGAUACUGUAUAUUGAAAAUAGUGCCUUUAUUUGGGGCGGCCUGUACAGUUUACAAUUGGUUUCCCACAUAAAUGACAUGCCCCCUUACCAGCGCACACAUGAUCCUCACUGGGCCUACUAUAUAUUCAACACAUCUUUCCCAUGUUACUGAUUACCAAGACUCAGUCACUUUAAUCCAGUUGAAUUUGAACAAAUGUCCCUCUUUGGUAGAAGUAGUGUUCUGUCUACACUGACUGCUGCAUUGGUGAGUUGCACAACUUGAUCGCUUCUGGUGGGGGUCAAAGCCUUCCUUUAGAAUAGCAUUGGAGGAGGGGGGAGGGGUGUGAAGCUUUUUCUUAAUUUAAGUGAACAAAGCUAUUUUAUUUCUUAUCUACAGCACGCCUGCAAAGUAACAUUAUCGCCUGAUUGGAACUCAGCUCUCUACCUCCGCAUUCAAGAAAGGGACAGGCAUUUUGGUGCACUUAUUUAUUUUCCACUGUAUGGCUCAGUUUCUGUGCACUGAUGUGCCAUGUGUAAUUAUAGUUUUGCUCAGCCAUUACUUGACCUACAGUUAAUGAGCUGACAGCACAAUACACAUUAGGUAGAGAGAGCAAAUAAUCAUCACUGUUCACUUGUUUACUGCCUUUCAGUUCAUGCUCUGUGCCGUUUGUGUAUAUUGUUUGUCCCAUGGGCACGGGAGAGGGGUGGGGUGUGAUUGGUUGAACCCUUCUGCAUGAAGACAUUGAGUGGUCUGCACAAUUUUAGUCGUUAUAAAGAGUCACCACCUGACCCUGCCAGACGAUGCAAAACACUUUACUUUGCGUCAUUCUUUUGAUUUAUUUUGCACAAAACAUGUAUGUUCCUUAAAUAAAUUGGCAAAGUUUAGUCCAGUUUGAGACCUGACUGUUACUUUUAUGUGAACUAAAGUACGGUUUCAGUCGACAGUUGCCCGAGAACCUUACAUAGUCUUUUUCGCAAUCUGUAAUCGAUUCCUGAAAAAAAACAUCCACAGGAAAAUCAACUUACAGGUUGCAUUAUUACUAAUUGGGUUCCUGUUUAACAUACUGGAAAAAUCUUACAAAGCAGCUAUUGUAUAGAUAAUGAUACACCAACCACAUUUGUAACUCUUGUUCUUUAAAGCUUUAUUACUGUGCUUCCUGUGCAAUAGCGCUGAAUGGCUGAACAGAGAAGAAAUACCUUGCAUCUAAUUUUAAACUUAAGCUUGCUCAACUAUAAUAUGCAGGGACGGUCGGUUUGUCUUUACUGUGAUUAAUGCGCUAUGUCAUUUAGAAACAAUAAAAGAACAUAGUGUUUUCCCUUA